AUGAUGAAACCAGAUCAUAUUCAAAGUCCAUUACCUCAAUCACCUCAACUCCAAUCGUUUGGAUUGCGAUCCUCCGAUUUGGCCACUGAGGACAACUUUGUGAAGCGUUUGGAGUUGAUUGCUGCCACCGCUCCAAAUGAAGCUGUCAAGAAGGAGUUUAUCACAAAGGAGAUUCCUGCCAUCACUAAAUUGUUUACUAGAUUCCUCAAGAACAGAAAGAAGGUCAUCGAGUGGGAAAAGAUCAAACCACCUCCAACCGAGAUGGUCUUGAACUACAAAGAGUUGCCUGCAUGUUCUCAUGAGCGUCGUUCGGAUCUCGCUGGUAAGCUUGCAGUCUUGAAAUUGAAUGGUGGACUUGGAACAACCAUGGGUUGCACCGGCCCAAAGUCUGCAAUCGAAGUUAGAGGUGACAAGACUUUCUUGGAUUUAACAGUUCAACAAAUUAAAGUAAGAGAAAUCAUAUUGAAAUCAAUAGUACCUUUGGUUUUGAUGAAUUCAUUCAACACUCAUCAUGAAACUGGAAAGAUCAUUCAAAAGUAUAAAUAUUCAGAUGUAAAGAUUCACUCUUUCAACCAAAGUCGUUUCCCAAGAAUUCUGAAAGACAAUCUCAUGCCAGUGCCAGAAAAGAUGUUUGGUGAUGACUCUGCCUACUAUCCACCUGGACAUGGUGAUGUCUUCUUUGCCCUACAAAACUCUGGACUCCUCGAGACUUUGAUCAACGAGGGCAAAGAGUAUUUAUUUAUUUCGAACGUUGAUAAUCUCGGUGCUGUUGUCGACUUUAAUAUUCUCAAUAUGAUGGAGUCGACCAACUGCGAGUAUGUUAUGGAGGUAACCAAUAAAACAAGAGCAGACGUAAAGGGUGGUACUCUUAUCGAGUACGAAGGUAAAGCCAAGCUUCUAGAGAUCGCACAAGUACCAUCGUCCAAGGUCGAGGAGUUCAAAUCGAUCAAGAAGUUCAAGAUCUUCAACACCAACAACAUCUGGGUCAAUUUGAAAGCUAUCGAUCGUGUACUAAAGGAGAACCUCUUGGACGACAUGGACAUUAUCAUCAAUCCAAAGGUUGCCGACGGCAAAUCGAUCCUCCAACUUGAGAUUGCCGCUGGUGCCGCCAUCCAAUUUUUCAACAACGCUCGUGGUGUCAAUGUUCCACGUACCAGAUUUUUACCGGUCAAGUCAACCUCUGACCUCUUUAUUGUUCAAUCCAACCUCUACUCACUGGAGAAUGGAAUGUUGGUCAUGAACAAGAAUCGUCCAUUUACAUCUGUACCAUUAGUGAAGCUCGGUGAUAACUUUAAGAAGGUAUCAGACUAUCAAGCUAGAAUCAAAGGUAUUCCAGAUAUCUUGGAGCUCGACCAACUCACAGUCAGUGGUGACGUAACCUUUGGUCCAGGAAUUGUACUCAAGGGUACUGUAAUUGUUGUCGCCAAUCAUGGAUCAAGAAUUGACAUUCCCGAAGGUUCGGAAUUUGAAAAUAAGGUGGUUUCUGGUAAUCUACGUAUACUUGAUCAAUAA